UAUAUUGGCAUUGCUUCAAUCGGAACACCUCCGCAACAGUUUCGAGUUAGUUUUGAUACUGGAAGUGCAGACAUCUGGAUACCAGACAACCAGUGCAUUCGCUGCGGACUACACAACUUUUAUGAUCCAUUGCAAUCGUCCACUGCGACACAAGAAAAUAAAAAAUGGAUUAUAAAGUAUGGAGAUCGAUCAGCAGUAGAGGGUGUUACUGUCAAGGACACUAUCCAUUUGGGAGAUAUUCGAUACCCAUCCCAGAGAAUAGGGCUUGCUCGAAACGAAACACCUACACUAACCAAAGACAGCUUUCUUGAUGGAAUAUUUGGACUCGCAUUUCCCUCCAUAUCACGUACAGGGCUAAACGAAUCGGCGGUUCAGACCAUGUAUCGGACUGGUGCAAUUAAAUCUCCUGUGGUUGGUGUGUGGAUGGGUAGAACUGUGGCUGAUAAUGGUGCAGGCGAAUUGAUUUUUGGUGGAGUAAAUCCAAACCAUUUUUCAGGCAGGCUAAAGUACAUUCCAAUUGCAAAGAAGGGGUACUGGCAGAUAUUAAUGAACGGUGUUAAUGUCAAUGGAAAGGAGCAGUUGGAAGACCCUCUCCAGGCCUAUAUUGACACCGGAUCAACUCUCAUUAUAUUGCCUCCUGCAUUGUCUCAAAGUAUUCAUGGUGUCAUCCCUGGAGCCACCUACAGUCGUGAUGGUGGCUGGCGUAUUCCAUGCAAGAUAAAGCAGGAUUCCAAAGGAAUUGACAUUUCAUUCCGACUAGGGAAUCAUAACUUUCCUAUUAAAGUCUCCGACAUUGUACGAGAGAUUAUAGAUGAAAAUAAUCCUAGUCUUUGCUAUUCAGGUGUCACAGAAGCUGGAGGUGGAAUUGCAAUCCUUGGCGAUACGUUUCUUAAGAGCUAUUAUUCAGUCUUUGACUUUGAGAAAUCUCGUAUUGGGUUUGCACCCUCCAAAUCUUGA